UAAUAGGGAAUUUCUUUGGUAACGGUAUAAUUCACUUGGGUCACAGCCUGCUUGAAAUAUGAAUAUAAACUGAACGAAUUUUUCCUUCAAAUAUUUGUGAAAAAAUAUACACACAUACUAAGGAAUAUAUCCCACAGUGGUCUUGAUAGAAGCAAGAGGAGGCUAAUAAAAACGUAAUCAAGUCAAAAUUGCAAGUAAUCGUGGUCUUUCUCAGUCAUUUAACUUUCAAAAUUGUAGAAAUCAGAGCAAGGAAAGUAGUAUACUUUUACUAAAAGGUAAAAUUGGGCCAUUUCUGAAAAACGUGUAUCCGUAUGUUAACGCUACUAUAUUAUCGUUAGUACUUCGUGGGUUCCUAAUAAUACGUAAUCAGAGUUCCCUUUACAUAAUUUCAGUUUAUAUUAAAAAAUGCCUGGACGUGUUUUAAAGGAAAUAUGUACGUCAAAUUCAAAAGGUACGGUCAGCAUUGUUAUCACGUCAUCACGAAAAUAUGUAUAUACAAUCCGGUAUCAUGUGAAAGAGUAUGUAAGUUAUUUUGACAUUAACUCUGACAUACUACUAAAUUAUAUGACAGAAUUCACUCUUCUCAUAUGUUCAGAUUUUUCUACAUUAUCGCUUGAAGACUACAAAUAAUGAACCACAUAAAUAACAUUACCAAUGUUUUGAAGUUUACCAAUGUUAUACAUGUAAAGAAGAAUUUGAAAAGAUUUCUCACUUAAUCGAUAUCUUUUAAAAAUAUGUUAUAUUGUCUACGAAUAGCGGGAAUAACAGUGCAUUCAUUAUUUAUUUUUUCGAUAUCAGCAGGGACUGGCUGAAGAAGAACAGUCCACGUACGAAGUACGUGGUACGAGUCGGUAUCCCUACUCCCAAUGUUCUGUAGCGAUGUCGCCUUUCUCUUGAGCUCAGGGCCCGUAAAGAGGCCCCAUUCACAGUCCUCGUCUCAUUCUCUCGUGCUAGUCCCCCUUCUUUCUAUCUACCUGGCAACCUCUGUUCACCUGAACAGCCAUCUUGAGCUAUACGCUGCGCUAUCAUAACUUGUCCCCUUUAAGACGUAUUUUCGAUUCGUUGAGGUGAUCAGCCGCGUCGACUUGUAGUUAACAGUAGCUAUGUGAGCUAAUUCAACGGACUGUCGUCGUAUCUCUCUAUCCUCGUCGAUUCCAUUUCCUCUCGUGAUCCUGUUCGCGCGUACAAGUUUCUUUCUUUCAAAUAAAUAUUUCACUCGAUUCCUUCCGGUUUUAUACAAAGUUUGUUUUUUAACUCCUGUCCAGUGUAUCAAAGAAAAUUGAAGGUUUCUCAGGGAAUAGAAUUCAAUGAACGUGAAGUGAAGUUGGGUGAUUGACAAUUCGAAACAGAUGUCUUUGGAGGUAUCUUGAGCGAAGUUCAGCGAAAGGGAGAGGUGAAGAUCAUUGGAAGGAAAAACGGGUUGCACCUUACUAAGGCGAUCGGUGAAUGUUCCGAUGUAAAUGUCACGGGCGGCACUGGCACCGAUUUAACGUGAGAACGUACACUGGAUCUCGACGUAAAGCUGCAGGAUCGGUGAUGAGGAAACGCUGAAGACAAUCUAUUGGCGAAGGACGACAACAUGGGCUCGAAGAUAGAGUAUGUGGAAUCCUCUCAUAUGUACGCGACGAAUUAUAUUCGUAAUUCGAAGGCGAUCGGUGUUCUCUGGGGUAUUUUCACCAUAUGCUACGCUAUAAUCGGAGUCGUGGCGUUUGUCACGCCGGAGUGGCUGGGCGAUUUGGAACACGAGAAUCCAGGAAGAUUCGGCCUCUGGACCAGAUGCAGCUACGGUGGUAAUGGUGAAUUGGGCGAGGAAUGUAUAGGCAGAUUGGAUGAUCUGUCUACGAUCGCGAACAUUCCCUUCAGAGUAAGCACCAUUCUAGUCGGCGCCGCUGUCAUAAUAGCUCUAUUGACAAUUUGCGCGAUGCUUCUCUUCUUUUUCUGCCAGAGUACGACUGUGUUCUACCUGUGCGCCUGGAUGCAAGUAGUUUCAGCAAUAUCUAUGGCGAUUGGAGUUUGCAUUUAUCCCUUGGGCUGGGAUUCACCUUUAAUUCGAGCUGUCUGCGGUGCCGCUGCAUCCAGAUACAAUCCAGGAGCUUGCGCCGUUAGAUGGGCGAUACCGUUAGCAGCAAUCGCAGCUCUAGAUGCUGCUACCUUGGCCGCGCUCGCUUUUAUUCUAGCGUCCAGGCACGUCAGACUUCAACCUGAACCCUUCAACAACGGUUCCUUGUACAAAGGCGAAGUAAACCCAGGGUACGUGAACGAGGCGCAGAGUGUCGCUGGUUCUCGAAAAUCCCUCUCCUUGCGGCCGGUGCUCUUGGUCGCUCCACCAGAACAGGAUCGCUACAGCGAACUCUCCAGAGCGAAAUCUCAUUCACAUCAUAGCCUUUACACACCAGCACCAUCCCACCCGGCCCAUACGAUGUCGACGAAUACCUUGAAUCAUUCUCAACAUAAUUUUCAAUUGUAGAUCACCGAAGAUCGUGACUAUAUCGCUGUACAUAGUUUAUCAUACUACCACAAGUAUGCUUUCCUUUUCUUAUUAGUAUUUUUAUAAUUCUAUGAGAAACGAGAACAAACACUGUAAAUAAUAUCAUCGAAUAUCUUUCCUUUAUGUUAUAGACGAGCGUUUCUUUUCUUUUUUUUAUAAUUAUUUUAUAAUUUUAUACGAAUUAAUAAUUGCUAUGUUAAAUUAUGCAAUCUCAAAAGCCUGUAUAGAGUGACAUCCUGUCGAUUCGUAAUACUUUUGUAUUUUGUAUAUACAUUAACGUAAUUAUUUUUAACGCGUUGUGAACGCGUUUCCCUUUGCAAUGUAUAUUCUAUACAUGUAAUUAAAGGUAGCUUUUUAUAUAUAUACAUAUGUAUAAUAUAUUAUAUAUGUUUGUUCUCUCGUUCCUAACGAAUAAAUGAUAUGUAAUUGUCAGAACAGAACGGAACAGAACAGAACACCAUCUUAUUUUAGGAACUUACAAAAAUUGGUACUACACUCUCUCUAUCUUUUUUUUUAUUAUAAACAAGUAACAUAAAUUAGUUGUUUUACAGAACGGGGAGAGUCUUACAUAGCGAGCAAGUUGCGUAUAAUAAAUAAAGAACACCAGAAUGUGAAUCAAGGAUGUUUUGUAUGUAAUUAAUAUUAUACCUAUCCUGUAAAAAUGUUAUUCUUUAAUAAAGAAAAUUCAAACGUGUA